CAAUGCUUUUUCCCCCUGCCACAUUAGGGAGUCUUCGCUUUCAGCUAUAUCCUCUUUCAAAUGAGGAAAACCAUGCAAGGGGAAAUGAGAAAAUGAAAGGGAAAAGAACAAGAAGGAAGAGGGAGCUGGAGGAAUGCACUGGGAAAGAAGGAACACGUCUGCAAGAAAGAGGAGGAAGCCAGCACAGCUCCUCAGCUAGUGGCUGAGCGCCCAGUAUAAACUGGGACUGCGUUCGCACUGGUGUGUGAAGCUGUGAGUCAGACGCAUUCCUCCGUGCAGUGGGCAAAGUGACUCCCUGGGGUCUGGUGCAGGGGGACAGAGCCCACCUCUCCAGAGUUUCUCUGAGCUGAGAGGAAACAGACCUGGGAGAAGGAGAAACCCACUUGUCCACUGAGUCUGCUGGUUUCUGUGGGCUCAGCGAACACUGGAGAAGCAACAAACGAGGAGCUAGCAAAGACCAGAGACGUUUCCUCCUGGCUGGCAGAGGUUAUUUUGCACCUAUCCCCUUCUCAGCCCAUUGGUGGUUAAGGAAAACUACUGGAGCUUGUGAUGGACAAGAUAAGCAAAAUGGACUGGGCAGCUGGAGGUGAGGAAUAGACUUCUCUGGAGUACCCUAUGUCUGCUAAACUCUCACCAUUCUUCCCUCUUGUGUUAAGGCUAGCUGUGUGCCAUACAGCGAGGGGGGAAGGCAGAAGGAAGGAACAGGUCUCUGACAGCCUGACUUGCUCUUGCUUGCCCUACCCAAAGAUGUCUUGUGACCCUUCCCUCAUCAGUGCAAGGCCUGGAGAGGAUCCUGAGGGUGGCAGCUUCUCGGAGGAAAGCAGUGGUGGGGGUGAUGGCAGCAGUGUCCUGGGAGGGGACAGCCCGGUCACGGGGCCGCUGGGUGCAGUGCUGCUGGUCAUGUGCCUCACUGGGAUGGUGGGGAACAUCUACACGGUGGCGGUGGCCUCUGGAUGGGUGGCUGGCCGCUCAGCGGGCUCCUUGGGGGUCUAUGUGAUCAACCUCGCCCUGGCUGACCUCCUGUACCUCUCCACCAUUCCUUUUGUGGUCUGCACCUACUUCGCCCAUGACUGGUUCUUCGGGGACGUGGGGUGCAGGCUUUUGCUCAGCCUGGACCUCCUCACCAUGCACGCCAGCAUCUUCCUCCUGACCGCCAUGAGCCUGGAGAGGUACUGGGCGGUGGCCAGGCCGCUGCAGGCCAGGCGAGCCGGCAAUGCUUACCGCAAGCUAGCCAGCACUGUCCUCUGGCUCCUCUCGCUCCUCCUUACAGCCCCCAUGAUGGUGAUGACCCAGCUGCGGGAGGGGGGUGGCCCCCACAAGCGCAUCUGCGUCCCUACCUGGACACCAGUGGUCUUUCGGUUCUACCUGACAGUGCUCUUCGCCACCAGCGUCCUGGUGCCUGGCAUGGUGCUGGGUGUCGUCUAUGCCUGUCUGGCCCAGGCGUACCGGUCCUCUGCCUGGGGCCCGGGGCUGCCGGCAGCUGGACGGGCCCCCACCCGGCGGCUCUUCUCCAGGAUCUCCACCAUUGUGGUGGCUUACUGGGCCUGCUUCCUCCCCUUCUGGGCCUGGCAGCUGGCUGGGUUGUACUGGGGUGAGGGGCUGGGCAUUGGCCCCGCCACCCAGGCUUAUCUCAACUUCAGUGUCACCUGCCUGGCCUAUGGCAACAGCUGUGUCAACCCCUUCCUCUACACUCUGCUCACCAGCAGCUACCGCCGGCGCUCUGGCUGCAGCAGGAUGGGGACGGCACGGCCCCCGGCACCCUCCCUGGAGGUUGCAGGGGGCUCAGUGGGAGGCCACGACAUCCCCCCAGCUUUCAGGGAGUUUCUGGGGUCUGGGGGGGAAAGCGAAGGGUGA